AUAGGUUUGUUUAUGUUUAUGGUGGUUCGCACGUGUUUCAUACACUAAUAUUGUCAGUGCAUCUGUUACACCAACAAUAAGAUAAUAUUAAUGUUAAAAUUUUUUCUAGUAUUUGAAUUUUUAUUUUGUUUACAAGUAUUUAAAUAAUUUUACAAAAUGGAAGAUACACAAAAUAUAAAGAAAAAGAAACCAAAGAAGUCUAAAGAUGAAGAUAAAUCAAUCGGAGAAAUUCAAACAGAACUUCCUUUUUUUUUGAAACCAUCAGAAAAAAUCGAACGAAUUGAUUCCUCUAAGUGGCCUUUGCUUUUAAAGCACUUUGAUACAUUGAAUGUCCGUACAAAUCAUUAUACACCAUUGCCAUUUGGUGCUAAUCCUUUGCAAAGAGAUAUUAAAGAAUAUAUAAGAUCUGGAUUCAUAAAUUUAGAUAAACCUUCUAAUCCAAGUUCACAUGAAGUAGUAGCAUGGAUUAAACGUAUAUUAAAAGUUGAAAAAACUGGUCAUUCUGGAACAUUAGAUCCAAAGACUUCAGGUGUACUGGUUGUUUGUAUUGAACGCUGUACUAGACUUGUAAAAUCUCAACAAACCAGUGGUAAAGAGUAUAUUUCAAUUUUCAAACUUCACAAUCCAGUUGAAAGUGUUCUUGAUAUUAAAAAAACAUUAGAAUCAUUACGGGGACCUUUAUUUCAACGUCCUCCUUUAAUAGCAGCAGUUAAAAGACAACUUCGUAUUCGAACAAUUUAUGAAAAUAAAUUACUAGACUAUGAUGAAGAGUCCAACACUGGUGUUGUCUGGCUUAAAUGUGAAGCUGGAACAUAUGUACGAACUUAUUGUGUUCAUUUAGGUUUAAUUUUAGGUACAGGAGGUCAAAUGAUAGAACUCCGUAGAAAUCGGUCAGGUAUUACAAGUGAAGAACAGGGUCUUGCUACAUUACAUGAUGUUUUAGAUGCUCAGUGGAUGUAUGAAAACAAUAAAGAUGAGUCGUAUUUAAGACGUGUAAUUAGACCCCUUGAAGGAUUACUAACUAAUUACAAACGUAUAUUCAUUAAAGAUAGUGCAGUUAAUGCUAUUUGUCACGGAGCAAAAAUAAUGUUACCUGGUAUUCUUCGAUAUGAUGAUGGUAUUGAAUUAAAUAUGCAAAUAGUAAUAGUUUCAUCAAAAGGAGAAGCUAUUGCAUUAGGUAUAGCAUUGAUGACUACUGCUACAAUAUCUAGUUGUGAUCAUGGAAUAGUUGCUAAACUCAAACGUGUUUUAAUGGAUCGAGAUACCUACCCUCGUAAAUGGGGUCUAGGGCCUAUGGCUCUUACUAAAAAGAAAAUGGUAAGCGAAGGUUUGCUAGAUAAAUAUGGAAAACCUAAUGAAAAUACUCCAGAAAAUUGGAGAGAAAAUUUUUGCAAAGAUUUAGUCCAACAAAUAAAGACUGAAAAUGAAGAAAUACCCGAAGAAGAAAGUAAAAAGAGAAAAAGAUUAAGUUCACCAUUAAACGCUGAUACUCCAGUUAAGGUUAAAAAAGAAAAAAAAAUUAAGAAGGAGUAUGUCGAACAUGAAGAAGUAGCUGCUGAUACAACCAUAGUAUCUGAAGGAGUGGUAGAAGAAAAGAAAAAAAAGAAGAAGAAGAAGAAAGAUAAAAAUGAAUCAGUGACUAAUGAAUAGACUUUAUGUAAAUGUAUUGUGCUGUUAUUGCGUUUUUAUGUAAAUAAAUUACAAUACAAUUAA